AUGUGGACGGACACAAACACCUAUUUCAGUUAUAUAGUUUCUGCAGAUAAUAUAGAUGAGUUCGAAGAGAAGGUCGAGAGAAAGGCUCUUGUAAAAGGCCACAGAAUUAUAUCCCAAUUCAUCAAGAAAAUAUAUAAAAGGCGUAUCUAUAAUGCCGGUAGAGCUAUUAGUCUCGGGGAGCUUGAAGAUCUAGAAAUUCUUGUUGUGGAAACAGCCGUUGUUUUUGGUCUAGGCGAUCAUACCAAAGCUGUUUUCAACAACUCAAAGGGCACGAAGGUGUAUCCUGCUAUGGCCCGUCUGGAAGAGACAAUAGACUUCGUUGCUGCCUUAAAGACCCAACAUGAAGAGGAGAAGCUGUAUGACAGCGAGAACGAUGAUUUUGUAACUUUAUCGGAUAUUAUAUGUCCUACAAUUUUCAAAUUUAGUCUUAAUACUCACAAAUAA